AUGGUAGAAAAUUGGGCUUAUUUGAAAGAGGUGGUUGGAUUUGAAAAUCUGAAGAACCAAAUGAUAGAUAUAAAGAGAGAGCACGAGACAUUGGAGAUGGGCAGAAGGAUUCAUUUAGAGCUGCGCAACAGGGCGCCCUCUGAUGUGAAAUAACUUGUCCUGGACAGCAGUAGGUCGAAUGAAGGCAAACUAGAAGGCCUCACAGACGACUUUGAAGAACUGGAAUUCUUAAGUACAAUCAACGUAGGCCUCACCUCAAUCUCAAACUUACCAAAGUUAAACUAACUUAAGAAGCUUGAACUAAGAGUCUCAGGGGGCCUGGAAGUAUUGGCAGAAAAGUGUCCAAACCUCACGUAUCUAAAUUUAAGUGGCAACAAAAUUAAAGACCUCAGCACAAUAGAGACACUGAAAAAGUUAGAAAGCCUCAAGAGCUUAGACCUUUUCAAUUGCGAGGUAACCAACCUGAACGAUUACCGAGAAAACGUGUUCAAGCUCCUCCCACAACUCACAUACCUGGACGGCUAUGACUGGGACGACAAGGAGGCCCCUGACUCGGAUGCUGAGGGCUACGUGGAAGGCCUAUGUGAGGAGGAGGAGGAGGAGGAAGAGACGUAUGAUGAAGAUGCUCAGGUAGUGGAAGAUGAGGAGGACAAGGAGGAGGAGGAGGAAGGUGAAGAGGAGGACGUGAGUGGAGGGGAGGAGGAGGAUGAAGAAGGUUAUAACGAUGGAGAGAUAGAUGACCAGGAAGAUGAAGAAGAAUUUGGUGAAGAAGAAGGGGGUCAGAAGCAAAAACGAGACCCUGAAGAUGAGGGAGAAGAUGAUGACUAA